AAAACGUGUAUUUUUUUUUUUCCUUCGGUUAUUGUUAUUUGUUAAAAGGUUCAUGGAAUAUUAUAGAACGAAUUACUAUCAGUGAUAGUAUCAUAUACAAAUUUAAUUUAUUAUAUUUAUUACAAUUACUUUUCUUUAUACAAAAAAAAAAAAAUAUUUUUUUCCCCGAGAUACGUAACGUAAAUCUUUGUAUUUUCAAAUUUCCUUCUUCAAAUUAUUUCUUCUACAUUUUAUAAAAAUAAAAUAAGGUUAAUAAUAAUGUCAUCUAAAAUUCUUAACUCAAAAAAUCGUGGAAAAUUAUUUAAUGUAUCUGAACGUGAUAAAAAUUUGAUCUCAGGUGCACUUUCUCUUAUAUGGGUAAAAACUAAUCAUAAAGUUGAAACAUGUACUUUUGAAGGUGAUGUGGUUACAUUAUCUUAUAAUCAUAAAUUGAGAUAUUUUGAUAUAUAUGAAUCAAUUGAUGAUAUCGAUUCAUUAUUGUCGGAUUUUACGCGGGAGGAAUUAGAAGAUACCAAGAGAAAGUUAAAUAAUGUGUCGAAUGAACUUGAAGAUUAUAAAAAUAGAAUUGAUUUACUUUCAAGAGAGAAUAUCAAUUUACAGAAUGAAUUACAAAAGUAUGAUCAAUCAAUUUGUGAUACUGCUACUUCUAGUACAAGAGAUACUGUAGUUUCUUCAGAUGAUGAAAGACUUGAGCCUGCAGAUGAAAUUACGGAUCAUUCAACAACAUCCAAUACAAUAUAUCCAGCAACAUCAGAAUCAAAGUUUGAAGAUUCGAUAGCAAUACAAGAAGUAAGAGUAGUAAUAGAAUCAAAUUUCAAAGAACUAGAACUUACAUCGGAAUCAAAAUCAACAGCUGCAACUGUAAAAACGCCCAAAUUGAAGUCAGCAGCUACAUCCAAAUCAGAAUCAGAGGCGUCAACUCCGGAAACACAUAAUUUGAGAUCAGAAACAUCUAAAUCAAGAUUGGAGACGGCAGCUGCAACUAAACCUAAAUUGGGAUCAGCUGUAAAAGAAAAAAUAUCAACAAAAGAAAACGAAAAAUUAAAUAAAAGCAAAAAACGUAAAUUAGAAUGUAUUUUAAUUACUUCAGGAGGUGAAGAAGAAGGUAAUAAUCGUGAUGAUGAUAAUGUUGAAAUUAUAAAUAUUAAUCCUAAAGAUCAAGGAUUGAGUCCUUUCCAAUCGCUAUUACUGGAUAAAGGAAAAAAAUUACGUGAGAUUUUGUUAACCCCUAAUGAUACACUUGAAUCCAAUUCAAAAAUAAUAAAUGCCUUACGUGAAUUAACAUCUAAACCUCUUAAUAUAUUAGAUGAAAGUUCUGCUGAAGAUAGAAUUUAUCAAUGGCAAAAACAAGAAUCACAAUGUGAAAAAUUUCAACUUGGUGCUGAAUCAUAUAAUUUCUUACAUUUAAUGUCACUUGUUCAGAUUUAUGAUGAUAUCUUAAGGGUUGGUGAAGAAUUAAAAAAAGAUCCUAAAAAUGAUAUAGAUGAUGUUAAACUUUGGGUAAUUGAAUUUUUAUGUGAUAAAUUGAAAAUUGAUAGCAAAACAGAACAAAAAAAUAGAUUAGGAUGUAAUAGAUUACGUAAAUUGUUCAAUGAAGGAAUUACAAGUGACCAACUUGUACAAGCAGGAUGUUUUAAAGAUGAUUUCUUUGUUAAACCAGAAAAUUAUAGUGUUUUUUUGUCACAAAUUCCUUCGUUAAAAAAACGUCGUGAUAUUUCAUUGAACAAUUAUCUUAAAGAAAUAUUAUCUCUUAAAAUUUCUAAUAUCGAUUUAGAAAAUCUUACAUUCUCUCAAUCAAAUAUACCUAAAUUUAUGUAUAAUAAUGAAGAAUCUGAUGAUAUAGAAGUAUUAAGUUUUACAAAAAAUACCCAAAAUAAUGAAAGUAUUACUAAAAAGCAUAAUACAUCAAAUAAAAAACAAAAAAUCAAAUUUAAAUUGCAUUUAGGAAAAGAUUUUAACGAUAUAGCUCAUAAAUAUAAGGAAGAUGAAUAUAUUGCACUAUAGUUUUUUUUUUAUUUUAAGCUUUUUAAGCUUUUUAUUUAUGUUAAAUAAAUUAGGAUUACUUCUAAUUUAAUUGUAAUUAAGUUUGAACAAUUAUAUUAUUUUUUUUUUUUUAAUGUCUUUUUAUAUAUAAUAUUAAUAAAGAAUUUACUUUUUAUAAUCACCCAGACGUGA